GGCGGGCGGGCGGGGUUGUUUCUCGGCACCGCCGCCUCCUCCCACUCCCGGUUGCGGGGAGGAACCGCGUCACCCCGGCGCUCGGAGCCGCCAGUCGCGGGUGGGGCGGGGCCGCCCCCGGUGAGAGCGCGGCGGGCGGGGCCGACGCCGCCUCGCACAAAGCCGUGUGCCCGAGUGCGGGCGGAGCUACCGCCGGCUCUGCACUGGCAUCGCCGCACCGGUACCGGCACCGCCCCGCCGGGCGGCCGUGAUGUGAGGGGGUGAUGGCCGCGGGGCAUGGCCACCGGGCAGCGGCGGGGCGGGCGGCGGCGGGCGCUGAGCGCCGCCGGUGAAAAUGGAGCCUCAUCCGCCGGCGGCCGUGCCCGAGCCCCCGCUCCCCUGGGGGCCGCGGCAGGACGGGCCGGAGCCGGAGCCGGAGCUGGAGCUAGAGCUAGAGCCGGUCUUCUGGGCACCUGAGGCCGCCGAGCCCGCCCCGGGGCCGCCGCCGUGGUCCCCGCCGGAGCGGGGGGGCUGCCCGGCCCUGGAGGAGCCCGUGGAGCCCCCGGCCCGGCCGGAGGAGGAGCCGCGCCUCCGGCCUGUCUUCGAUGCCCUGGACCGCGACGGCGACGGCUUCGUGCGUGUGGAGGAGUUUGUCCAGUUCGCCACGGCCUACGGUGCUGAACAGGUAAAGGACCUAACAAAGUACCUCGAUCCGAGCGGACUUGGAGUCAUCAGUUUCGAAGAUUUCCAUCGGGGGAUCAGAGCUAUCAAAAAUGGAGAUCCUGACAGCCAGUUGUAUGAUAUGGGAUAUACCCCUGAGGAGGAAUCCCCACCCUGUCCUGAUGAGUUUGACGACUUUGUCACGUUUGAGGCAAAUGAGGUGACUGACAGUGCUUACAUGGGCUCAGAGAGCACGUACAGCGAGUGCGAAACCUUCACGGAUGAAGACACCAGCACACUAGUACAUCACGAGAUGCACGACGAAGUAGAAACAGACAGUGCCAUUGACUCCACCGUGCACUCGGAGUUCACCGACCCCAUCGAGGAGCCGGAGCAUGGAUCCCAUCCGCACGACCUGCCCCUGGGCUCGGACCUCAGCCACUCCAUCGUCACGGUCAUUAGUGGAGAGGAGCAUUUUGAGGAUUACGGAGAAGGAAAUGAAGCAGAUUUGUUCUCGGACAGCUUGUGUAAUGGGGAAAGCAGCUUUAAUAGCUCCACGUUCCUCUCCCCCAGCACCAAUCCUCUUGCUGCGAAACUACACAGCAUUAUUGCAGAUGAAGCAUUUGAGUUUUACUGUAGCCAGUGCCACAAACAAAUCAACCGCCUCGAGGAUCUUUCUGCUCGCCUGAAUGAUCUUGAAAUGAAUAGUCCAAAUAAAAGACUCUCAAGCAAGAAAGUGGCAAGACAGCUGCAUCAGACAAGCGUGCUGUCCGUGGGGGUGAUGGAGGAGUCUUACCGGGAUACGCUGGAGUGUUUGGAAGAGGACAUCACGGACAAGGUCAUCUUUCUGGAGAAGCGGGUGACGGAGCUGGAGAAGGACACAGCCGCUAAUGGUGAGCAGCACAGCCGCCUCAAGCAGGAAAACCUGCAGCUCGUGCACAGAGCAAACGCUCUCGAGGAACAGCUGAAGGAGCAGGAGCUGAGAGCUGACCAGACCCUCCUGGAAGAGAUCAAGAAGCAGAGAGAGCUGCUGAGCAAAAUGGAGAGGGAGAAGAGCAUUGAGAUUGAGAACCUGCAGGCCAGGCUGCAGCAACUGGAUGACGAGAACAGCGAGUUGAGAUCCUGCGUCCCUUGUUUAAAAGCCAACAUUGAGAGACUUGAGGAGGAGAAGCAGAAGCUGCUGGAUGAGAUCGAAGACCUCACUGUGCAGCUCACAGAGGAACAGGAGAAAAAGAGGAAGAUGGGGGACAAGCUGAGUCAGGAGAGACACCAAUUUCAGAAGGAGAAGGAGUCGACGCAGGAGCUCAUUGAGGACCUCAGGAAGCAGCUCGAGCACUUGCAGCUCUUCAAACUGGAAGCUGAGCAGCGGAGAGGCAGGAGCAGCAGCUUGGGGCUCCAGGAGUACAACAGCAGGACACGGGAGACAGAGCUGGAGCAAGAGAUCAAGCAGCUCAAGCAGGAUAACAGGAACCUGAAGGAACAAAAUGAUGAACUGAAUGGACAGAUCAUUAACUUGAGCAUCCAAGGAGCCAAGAACCUCUUCUCAGCCUCCUUCUCCGAAUCCCUGGCAGCGGAGAUUAGCUCAGUCUCUAGAGAUGAGCUCAUGGAAGCAAUUCAGAAGCAAGAGGAGAUCAACUUCCGCCUGCAGGAUUAUAUCGACAGGAUCAUCGUGGCUAUCAUGGAGACGAACCCCUCCAUCCUGGAAGUGAAGUAAGGGCGGCCAAGAGCUGCCAGCUGCACGCUCGUCGAUGGGUGUGGAUUUGGUGCUCUGAGAGGAUAAAGAGGGACCUGAAACAUCUUUGCUCUUGAUGAAGGCACAAGGAAGCAUCACGUCAGAUCGGUGGGUGAAUUAGCCAGCGGACCAGGGAAAAAGAAAACCAGCAGCAAGGCUUUGUUGUCUGACUCCAUUAUUUUUAAACCUUUCUGGUUUUGAGGGGUCAAAGGGAACAUGGAGAAGAAACACAGGCAACAGACAACUGACAGAAGGACCCGUGUCAGCCCCGCUACCCGUGAAUCUGGGAACCAUCCCGACAGCAGCAUCAGCCCCCCUGGCACAUGGGGUGCAAACAGGAGAGGGUUUCUCUGAACUGCGAGAUAACGGGACGGAGAAGGAAGUGGUGAAGCCAACGUUUUCCCUUGCUGCCCUAUCCAGCCCAAGUAUCUGCUUUGCCAAAGUGUCCAUGACACACUCUCUCACUGGGGCAGAUCUGGGAAGGAGGGAAAUGUGUCCCAGACUUGUAGAGGUGUUUUUUGUUUUGGUUUGGUUUUUUAAUUAAUUUAAUGCAAAUGUCCUCAUUCAGCUGGCACAGUUAAUCCUCACCCUGCCGCCUCUGCUGGGGAAGGGGUUGUGAGCAGUGAGCUAGCUGCCUCCUCUCUCACUCGCUGGUGGCAGAAAGAGGCAGGGGAGCGGCUGUUUUUGGGACAGGGCAUAAGCGCACUUUGUCACCUGCCUCCUUAUUUAUUUUUGCUGUCUGUGGCUCACUACCGCCGGGACACCUCAGUGUUGACAGCUCCUCCUCCUGCUCCUGGCUCUCCUGCCUGCGGGUGUCUGUUGAGCCGGGUGGCGCUGGGAGGAGAGGUCCUUCCACCCCAGCUGCAGACACACGGGUGCUGUCUGUCCAGCCGGCAGGGACUGGGGAAAGGCUGUGACUCUUCAGCUUGCACUAGAGGCUGGUCCUGCCCAUCUCUCUCAUCCCAGUUAGGCUCACCUGGCCUGGUGUGGGGGCACAAAAUGGCCAAAGGUGGUUGAGGAGCCACAGGGGAGAGGGCUGAGCUCUCUGCAUGGCCUCCCAAGGACGCUGGCCUGGGGGCAGUGGCCUGUGCCAUUCCCACCGGAGCAGGGCUCUGCUGGUGAUAGCUGCAGUCCUGGAGGGAGAGGCCCCUGCUCUGGCUGUCUUUCCCCACUGCUGCCCUGCACUGCAGCAGGGGAUGGAGCAGUCGCUCUCAUUUCUCAGCCCCUGGGCUUGAAUCUCUGUGCCGUUGGGGAGAGGAGACCAGAGAACACAACAGCAGCUCCCUGGGAAACAAAAGCCAUGUUUACAUCAGACAGCUUUUGGCUUGCUGGCACAAGCGCCCGUGGUGCAGCGUGACCCCGGGGAGCAGCCGCUUUACCCGACCUGCUCCUCUCCAGCUCCCGGGAGGAGACAGCCAGUGACCUCCCGAGGAUCCGGCUUCCCCGAGUCUGUGAGGCUCUGAAGAGCAUUCCUUUGUCCUGUUUGUCAGGUUUUAGAAAUGCCAGAGUGGCCUGAAAGCAGAAGCCACAGCGCUCCCUUGGCUGCCGCUGGUGGGGGGGUGCCUGCUCCUCCCCAAAAUGCUUCCACGCAUGCGGCACAUCUCUCUUCCCACGGUGGCAGAGGAGCCAGCUCAUCAUUUGGCUGGGAGAGGUGGCAGCUGCCGCAGCCUUAGUCCCUGCUGGGGGGUCCCCGGUGCCUCGUGGGGGUCCCCUGCGCUGCUGGCCCUGGGGGGAUUGGCCAUGCCACUGCUGCCAUGGCCCCCCCUCUGCAAACGCAUCGCCUUGGGUGCUCAGCUCCCCCGUGGCCUUGUGCGAGGUGCAGCGGGGUGGGGGGUGAGCCCCAAAAACCUUGGGUGAGGGGGCACCAGCCCUCCCCGGCAUCCACUCCCCUCCCUGCCCCGAGUCUGCGGGAAGAAGCCACGUAAUGUACAUUUUCCAGAGAAGCUUUGGGUGUAAAUCAGUGUAUACUUGGAGAGGGAAAAUUUUUCUAUCUUGUAGAGUAGGUAUUUUUAUAGAAUGAAGGUUGAUCAUUUUUUUAAUACUUUAAAGAAGAGAGAAAUGUAUCUGUGUAUACACAAAAGCAUAUAUAUAUAUAUGUAUAAAUAUAUAAAUAUUGGAGAUCUGCCUUUCUCGACUUGGGAUCAUGGAUCCCCAGUUCAAACAAUCGUCUUUUUUUCCUGUCGCUCACAAAGAGGUACUGUAACUGUAAAUAAGCACCGGGAAAAAAUUUUAAGCAAACAAAGCACUGACUUGCACAUUCACCAUGCUUUAAAGUCCCUAUGGAAAAGAUAAAAAAAAAAAAACACAGACAAAAACUGUACUUCCCGAAAAUGUUCCUCUUUCCCCACCGGUAUGUGAAGGAAGUCCCCAGAAAAGAGGCAAAACGGUAUUGUCUUAAAUGAUGUAUCAACUCUUGUCGGAUUAAAAGCUGUUACUAUUCCUGCC